AUGCCUUCAAUGAAUUUGAUUACCUCAGACCCAGUGGCUCAAUAGUAGCUAGCUAGUAAUCUGCUCUAAUAGCAAGUUCUCUAGCAGUAACUAUUGCAGCAGUAACCUUAGCAACAACUGAAUUCCCCAUAAUCUCCAAAUCCUUACAUUAAUCAGUUUCAAGUUCCAGUCACUCAAAAUACCUCCACAUUUAGCAAUAAUCUCUCUUCUACCAGCACAGCUAACACUACGGCUUCUGCAAAUAACAUUCCAACAGUUGAAUAGCAAUUCGAGUCUUUGAAAAACGCUUACUUUAAUGCGAAACCACUUAAUCUAAAGUAGAUAGCAUCGGAGAAUAUGACUUAAAACCCAUUGAACUCUUAAAAAUGUUUAGCUUGUAAACAAACAUGUUAGAUAAAGAGCCUGCUCUGCUGUGAGAUGUGCCUUAUUCAGGUUCACUAUGAAUGCUAUGGGCAGAGUAACUUUUUUAAUAAUCCAUUGACAUUGAGAAUAUACGGCAUUAACAAUCCUAGUCAGCAGGGCAAACUGCCAACAAGCAUUUGGAUUUGCGAUAGAUGCUGCAUUUCAAUUGAAAAUGAGCAGUUGAGAGAUCUUAAUAAAAUGAAAUGUUAGUAUUGCUAGCAGACUUCUGGACUGAUGAAAAUGCUUGACUCUGAAGAGAAGUGGGUGCAUUACGACUGUGUCAUGAGUCAUUAAUAGUUAUAGCAGCAAAAAUAGCACUAACUUUUAUAAUAGUAACAGUAGCUGUUGAAUCAAUAAGUAAUGCAGUGA